UGCUAAUACAAACCCCUCUCCAACUGGUGCUAAUACAAACCCCUCUCUAACCGUUCUGAUACAAACCUCUUUUUCAACUGAUACUAAUACAAACUUCUCUUCAACUAAUGCUGAUACAAACCCCUUUAACCGUGCUAACUAUAUCAUUGUUGAAGAUUCUGAUUCUUCAACAAACUCUAGUUUAUUAAAUAGUGACUUAGAUUUUUUUGAUAAUUUGGAUUUUUCAACUAACUACAUAUUAUCAGAUAACAGUUUGGAUCUGCAUUUAGAUAAUAGUUCGGAUUUGCAUUUAGAUAAUAGUUCAGAUUUGCAUUUAGAUAAUAGUUUAGAUCUGCAUUUGGAACUACAAGCAAAGGAAUUACUUAAAGAAGAUAGCGAUUACAAUAAAGAGACAUCGAAAAAAAAAUCCAAGAAAUUAAAAACUAACCAUGUACCAAAGGAAUCAAACCUUACUUCUAAUGAAAUCAAAUUGGCUAAUAUCAUUUCACAGAUUCGAACAAAAUAUCAAUGCCAUGUCUAUCCUACGCCUUGUUAUAUUGAAGAUAAUAAGCAUCUUCAAUUAAUGCCUGCACGCUUGCACUUAUGGGCACAGGAUGAAGUUAGUAUUAGAUAA